AUGUGCCUCAUCCUCAUCCCGCACUACACCGCCUGCAACCACAUCGUCCCCUCCGAAUCGAUAGACCUCAAACAAUGCAGCCACCUCAUCAACCAACUCCACCGCAUCAACGACCCCCGCGAUCCCUACAACCAGCCCUCCUCUUUUUACAACCCUAACCCCAAUACCUCGGUCACCAACAACCAGCCCCCCUCCGCCGCCGAUCCCUACGAUCCGUCAGUCAGCAACCCCUAUAUCCCCUUCACCCCCCGCCGCCACUGCUACGUCGGCCGGCGCCAGCCCCAGCGCGUGCGUGGGUGGUGUCCGCGAUGCGUGGCGCUGCACCGGCGGCGUGAGAGCCGGAGGUGGGCGGUUGGGGUCGCGGAGAGGGAGGGCUGGCGCUUCAACGGGCUGGGGGGAUAUGCGUAG